UUGAAGGCGGGAGGCUGGGGGAGGGUAGCGGAGUCGGCGCUGCCGCCAUGUUGAAUCUGAGGCGGCUGCUGUAGGCGCCGAAAGAGCGAGCGGGCGUGCGGAGCGGCGACGGCGGCGUGGGAUCUGCCUUUCUGCGAGCGGCCCCGAGCGGCGGCGGCGGCGGCGCCAUGAGCGGAGGAACCCCCUACAUCGGCAGCAAGAUCAGCCUCAUCUCCAAGGCGGAGAUCCGCUACGAGGGCAUCCUUUACACCAUCGACACUGAGAACUCCACCGUAGCCCUCGCCAAAGGUUGGCAGUUCAAACCCCUUCAGUCUUCACUAGGCUCCUCUACUUCUUCAUUCCAGUCAGUGGGUUCCUACGGACCUUUCGGCAGGAUGCCGACAUACAGUCAGUUCAGUCCAAGUUCAAUAGUGGGACAGCAGUUUGGUGCUGUUGGCGUUGCUGGAAGCUCCUUGACGUCCUUUGGAACGGAAACACCAAGCAGCGGUACCUUAGCCCAAAGCAGUGCGGUUGGUUCUGCCUUCACACAGGAUACCAGAUCUCUAAAAACACAGUUAUCUCAAGGUCGUUCAAGCCCUCAGUUAGACCCUUUGAGAAAAAGCCCAACCAUGGAACAAGCAGUACAGACCGCCUCAGCCCACUUACCUGCUCCAGCACCUGUUGGGAGAAGGAGCCCUGUAUCAACCAGGCCUUUGCCAUCUACCAGCCAAAAAGCAAUAGAGAAUCAAGAGCACAGGCGAGUUGAAGCACACAAAGUUUCAAGGCCAGAAAAUGAACAACUUAGAAAUGAUAACAAGAAACAAGUAGUUCCAGGUGCUCUUUCAGCUCCAAGAAGAGGGCGCGGGGGUCAUCGUGGUGGCAGGGGAAGAUUUGGUAUUCGGCGAGAUGGUCCGAUGAAAUUUGAGAAAGACUUUGACUUUGAAAGUGCAAAUGCACAAUUUAACAAGGAAGAAAUUGACAGAGAGUUUCAUAGUAAACUUAAAUUAAAAGAAGAUAAACUUGAGAAGCAGGAGAAGCCUGUAAAUGGUGAAGAUAAAGGAGACUCAGGAGUGGAUACCCAAAACAGUGAAGGAAAUGCUGAUGAGGAAGAUCCACUUGGACCUAAUUGCUAUUAUGACAAAACUAAAUCCUUCUUUGAUAAUAUUUCUUGUGAUGAUAAUAGAGAACGGAGACCAACAUGGGCUGAAGAAAGAAGAUUAAAUGCCGAAACAUUUGGAAUCCCACUUCGUCCAAACCGUGGCCGUGGUGGCUACCGAAGCAGAGGAGGUCUUGGUUUCCGCGGUGGCAGAGGGCGUGGUGGUGGCAGAGGUGGUAGCUUCACCUCCCCUCGAGGAUUUCGUGGUGGAUUCAGAGGAGGUCGCGGGGGCAGAGAGUUUGCAGACUUUGAAUAUAGGGUAAGUAUAUUAAUAUGCUUUGGGAUUGGCAUGCACCAUGAGAAUGCAGUAGACCCCUACUGCCCGGAGGCGAAGCCGUCGUGGGGGACAAGGGUGGCUCUGCGGGCUCCAGCUGCCUGCCCUCAACCUCUGCCCUGGCCGCCCCACGUGGAGGCUCCUCCGUCCCUGGGGAAGAAAGCUCAGGGCCGCUCCCGACCCGGCUCGCCCGAAGGGAGGAGGUGCUCUGAGCCACCCGAUGCGCGGACGCCCGGGCGUCUGCCUAGGGCAGGGGCGGGGCCGGUCCGUAGACGUCACUUCCGGUGUACACAGCAGGUCGCGGCGGUGCGCUGGGGGCCGGGGUGCGUCGCAGGUGAGGAGCGGGCGCUAGCAGGCUAA